AAGAAACGAGCCAAAUGAUGAAUAAGGAAGGAGUGUGUACGUACAUGUAGGAGGUGGGGUGUCUGGAAGGACCUUGAAUAGAAACAGAAUCUUUUUUUUUUUUUUUGGUCUGAACUAUAUUUGAGUGUGAAAUUUUAAGGAGCUGCUUUCUUGCCUGUCUUUCUAGAGUAUCAGGGGACAUGAGAAAUGGCACUGCAAUAACAGAGUUCAUCCUCCUAGGCUUUCCUGGUAUCCAAGGACUACAAGCCCCUCUGUUUAUAGUCAUCUUUUUCAUCUACAUAUUAACCCUUGCAGGCAAUGGGCUCAUUAUUGCCAUUGUCUGGGCUGAGCCCAGGCUACGCAUUCCCAUGUACUUCUUUCUUUGCAACUUGUCCUUCCUGGAGAUCUGGUAUACUACCACAGUCCUCCCCAAACUGCUAGAAACUCUUUUGGUGGCAAGAACAGCAAUCUGUACCCCCUGCUGCCUGCUGCAGGCCUUCUUCCACUUCUUCCUGGGCACCACUGAGUUCUUCAUCCUCACCAUCAUGUCUUUUGACCGUUACCUGGCCAUCUGCAAGCCCCUUCACUACCCCACCAUCAUGUCCAGCAAGCUCUGCCUGCAACUAGCCCUCAGCUCCUGGGUGGUUGGCUUCACCAUUGUCUUUUGUCAGAUGGUGCUGCUCAUCCAACUACCAUUCUGUGGCAACAAUGUCAUCAACCACUUCUAUUGUGAUGUUGGUCCCAUCUUGAAAGCAGCCUGUACAGACACAAGCAUUUUGGAGCUCCUGGGUCUCUUAGCAACCAUCCUGGUGAUCCCAGGAUCACUCCUCUUCACUAUAGUAUCUUAUAUCUAUAUCCUGUCCACCAUCCUACGGAUUCCUUCAGCCACUGGCCGCCAGAAGGCUUUUUCUACCUGUGCCUCUCACCUGACCGUUGUCUCCCUGCUCUACGGAGCUGUUUUGUUCAUGUACCUGAGACCCACGGCACACUCCUCCUUUAAGAUGAAUAAGGUGGUGUCGGUGCUGAAUACUAUUCUCACACCCCUUCUGAAUCCCUUUAUUUAUACAAUCAGAAACAAGGAGGUGAAAGGAGCCCUAAGGAAGGCAAUGGUUUGCCCAAAGACUCAUCAUCCAGUGUAAAACAUGCACGGCAUGGAAAUGAACUUAAUGCAGAUACAAAAAUUAAAUGGGAGCGAGGAUUGUGCAGAAGAUAAAGAGGUGAAUGCAUACAACAAUGAUUAGGGUCCUCUAUAAGAACUUAUUACCUAUAAAUGGACUGAGAGUCCUGCCUGAAGUGGAAAAGUGACUUAAUUCUCCAACAGGGAAAUCCCACAAUACCUUCAGAUGCAUGAGGGAGAACUCAGGACUUUCUCAAUUAUAAGCUGAAAGUAGAAACCGCUAAAGUCAGA